AUGGUUAUGCUUGAUAAUCGGUUCAUUUCUGAGAAGUUACCAAGAACACAAAGAAUAGAUAGAAUUGUGGAGAAAUGCAAUUUGGCUCCGUCUUGGUUCCUGCUGUCAAGUCCGCCGGGCCGGUCACGGGUGCGAGCCCAGGGCCCGCACACGCAGUUGGGCCAAGCGCCGUCAGGAGCGGGCGGUGCAGCCCGACUGAUGGGGAUCGUUAAAACAGAUCAAGCGCUUGGCAGCGGCCGGCGGCGCUGGCCGGCGCGGCGCGGGGGGACGAGCUCUACGGGAGCCCGGCGGAGGCGCAGGGGCCGCUCGGGCGGUCUGUGGCCUCCGCAGAGCGACGACUCGGACGUGUGGGACGACACGGCCCUCAUCAAGGCGUACGACAAGGCGGUGGCCUCCUUCAAGGACGCUUUAAAGAAUGGAGAGUGCUCGGAGCCUUCGGACAAACAGGAGCAGCGCCUGGGGAUGAAGAGAAAAAAUAAUAAAAAGAACAGAAAUAAAAAGAAGAGCAACACGGUGCCUUUGAAACAGUGGAAGGUUGGUGACAGCUGUAAUGCUGUUUGGUCAGAGGAUGGUAACGUCUACCUAGCAACUAUUGCCUCCAUCAAUCAGAAGAGAGGAACGUGUAUCGUCACUUACACGGGAUAUGGAAAUCAGGAGGAGCAGAGCCUGUCUGAUCUACUUCCUGCAGCCAGCGAUGAAACAAAUGAAAAUGAGACUCCAUAUUCAACAGACGAAAGUGAAAAAUCUUCCCAGUCACCUCAAAACAAAAACAACUGUACGAAAGCAAGAUUCUCCCCUCAAAACCUACGUUUUCCUGUACCACCAGCAGCCCCAGGCCUGGGAAGGCCUGGAUCAAAAUUCAGAGUACCUCCAUCGUUUUUAUCUUGCUGGCCCCCACCCUUCCCAGCAGGACCACCGUUGAUUCCUCCUCCACCACCUAUGAGGCCAGACUCUCCUGAGGAUGAUGAAGCACUGGGGAGCAUGUUGAUAGCCUGGUACAUGAGUGGUUAUCACACUGGGUAUUACCUGGGUUUAAAACAAAGUCGAAUGGAAGCAGCACUGGACAGAGAAACACAUGCAAAAUAACUGAAUAUCCAUCAUUGUUUUGAAGGAUUG